GUUUAACAACGCCCGGCUGCCCGGGGAGGAGGUGCCGCUGCCGCCCUCUGCGCCUCGCAGGUGUAACCGGAGCCAGGAGGGCGCGGCGCGGCCAUCCCCUGCCGAACCUGUCGGGCGGCUCACAUCGCUCCCCGCCGCGCAAGCAGCGCUCUCUCUCCCUCUUUCUCCCUAAACCCGCUCCUCCGAGGCUUUCUCCCCGGCCUCUCCGCGCCCCACCGCCGGCCGAAGCCAUGGAGCCGCUCCGCGGGGCUGCGCUCCUGCUGCUGCUCUGCGCCGCUGCCAGCGCCCAGAACGAGUGUGUUUGCGAGAAUAACAAGCGUGUCACCGACUGCAAGUUGUCUAACGGCGUCUGCCAGUGCAGCUCCAUCGGCUCCGGUAUCACCGUCAACUGUAAUACUCUGACAUCAAAAUGCUUGUUGAUGAAAGCAGAAGUAAAAAGCACAAAAUCAGGUCGUCGUGAAAAGCCAAAAGAUGCGUUUGAAGAUACUGAUGGUCUUUAUGAUCCUGAGUGUGAAAACAAUGGUGUCUUCAAGGCAAAGCAGUGCAAUGGAACCACCUGUUGGUGUGUGAAUACAGCUGGUGUUAGAAGAACUGACAAACAUGACACAGACUUGAAGUGCAAUCAAUUAGUCAGAACAACGUGGAUCAUCGUUAAAAUAAAACAUGCUGAAAGAGAAACUCCUCUGAACACUGAGUCUCUGAAGAAAUUCUUCAAAGAAACAAUUCCCAACCGUUAUAAGCUGAAUGGGCGCUAUGUAGCUGAUGUUACGUAUGAGAACCCUUACAUUUUUAUUGAUCUGAAGCAAAAUUCCUCAGACAAAUCUGCUGGAGAAGUGGAUAUAGCUGAUGUGGCCUACUACGUUGAAAAAGAUGUAAAAGGUGAUUCCAUCUUCCUUAACAACAGACUGAAUGUCAGCAUUGAUAAUGAAGUGGUACAGCUUGAGAAAGCAGUAGCGGUCUACUAUGUUGAUGAAAUAGCACCAGAGUUUUCCAUGAAGUCUCUGACUCCUGGCCUCAUUGCUGUCAUUGUAAUAGUGAUAAUAGCAAUAGUUGCUGGAAUUGUUGUUCUGGUUCUCACAAGAAGGAAGAAAGGGAAGUACGUGAAAGCAGAGGUGAAGGAAAUGAACGAAAUGCAUAGAGGACUGAACGCAUAACUAAAUCAGAUGAAUACCAAGUAAGAUUCAACCAAGAAGAAAACAGUGGAGGCAUGGAUCUUAAGAGUUAAUAUUCCUUGUAUGGGAAGGCAAUUGUGCUUGCUUAAUGAUUGUUAAAACAAAGCCUAGACUGACAACCAUGCUACUACUUUUACUAUUUGUUGAGAGUUAAAUCUUAAACAUCCAAUUUUAUUCAAGUCAAAGUUAACUACUACCCCCUGAUUUUUGUAAUGAAAUGAGCUGUCAAUUGCUGCUACUGGGCUUUUGAAGCAUAAACUUUUAAUGGUUGUUUUAACCUUGUGGGAGUUUUUUGAAGACUUUUGUAGCCAUGUCAUGAAUAUUUGGCUCAUGUAUAAGUAACUGAACAUGGCUUUGUUUUUAUGACUAUUUGUACAUACUUGAACUUACUGUAAGUUUUUUUUAUGACAAACUAAUAAAACUUUGAAACAGGCUUCUAAUUAUUCCAUGUUGAAAUGAUGAUUUGGUAAACUAUCAUGCUUUUCAAUUCAGUAGUGUAAUGCUUAAAGCAAGCAAUCUUAGAAUAGGUGAAAAUUUCAGAAGCUCAAAUAACAGGUAUCUAAUUUCUUGAUAGCCUGAUUCUUUUUCCUUAAAGUAAAUUUAAUGCUUUAUUUUCCACUACCCAUGUGCAACAGGAGUGAAAUGAUAAUGUGGAUUGAUUGUAUUAAAAAAUAAACAUGCUCUGAACAUAGUAAUUUCAGGAACCUGUAGACUGCUCUUUCAAGUGGUGUGUAUGGAUUUGUAAUAAAACAACCCUUUAAUCAGGGGUAGGUUUUGGGGUGGAGAGUGUUGGCAACUGAUCUCAGAGCUGGAAAAGAGCUAGAGCUCUUACAUUGUUAACAGACUCAGUUUCUGUUUUUAUUACUGUUUUCUGUCAUGAAGUCUGACCAGACAUUAAAAGGCUAUCUACCUCCCCAAGCUUGGCAUAAAAUGAUUUGCUUUGGCAGUCAAUAAUCCUAUGUAAUGUAUGCUAGCUAGCAUGUAAAUAGAUGGUCCAUCCAGCAUCUGAUUUAUAAAGGAAAUGCUGUAACUCCUGUUGCCAAAGAAAUAAUGAGAUACAAGAUAAGGAAUGGAAUGACAAAUCUGUUUAUUAAUGCAAUGUUUUUGUUCCCCCUCCCUAAAACAGGAAAAGUAGGCUAAACUGCAUACUGUGUUCAUAAAAUUAAAUGUGGAACAUAGCCUAUUAGAGAGCUUGUGUAUGUCCCCAGCUCACAACAAGGAAGUUGACUGUAAUUAUGUUACAGGUCAGCAGUAUACCUUCUGCUUUCAGACAACAUGGUAGCUAUCAUGCUUGUGUUAGUUACUGUGUUAAAUGUUGAAAAUGUAGGCUUGUUACUGGUGCAAAUCAUUUCUUCAAGGUUUCUAUCACCUAGUGCUAUGAACACAGGUGCAUGUGUACUGAGCUGCUGCUGCAGCCCACGGGUUUGGCCAAAUUUUGGUAAGCAGAGGCAUUCCCAUCAGUUUGCUCUGUCAAGCUGCUGGGCUUGCUAAGCACAAAAAUCUAGUUGUAGGGAAUUUACAGGAGUGCCUUUCUGCCUUUUGGUGGGUGUAUGGUUGGUGACAGUUCCUACAGGGCAUUCUCUCUUUGCCAGUACAUGCCACUCCCUUUCUUCCAUGGUGUAAAGGCAAUCUGCUGAGCCAUGCUAAAUUUAAUAAUAUUUUAUAAGCUAUUAAAUGAAGUCUAGUUUUCAGUAAGGCUGUCUUUUGUUGAGUCACGUGCAAUCGUAUAUUUUCUUGAAUGUCUAUACUAUGCCAUCAUUACCAUGCCUUUCUUCUUCCCCGUGGAUUUGCCAGUUUUUCCUCUCCUCCUGAGACUCCCCAUCCCUUUUUAAUGCUCUAUUUUUGGCCUGUGGGAUGGGAAAAGGUGCCAUGUGCUGUGGCUGAGCUGGUGCUACACAUGUGCUGACUUGACUGGUAUGUGCCUGCUGUGUGGCAUGGAUGUUGUCCCAGUUUGUUCAAAAACCUUUUUUUCUACAGGAGAGGAAGGCAUUUUGAUUUUAUUUUUUUUCAGAUUGAUUUUACUGUGUCUGUUUCUAAAGUCAGUUCCUAUGGUACAAGUAAACUGCUGCUUACCUCAAAACAGCUGUUAAUUACAACUGAUUUAGUAGUGGGCUUUUCCCUGGUUUCCUAUCCUAAGUACUUUUAUUGAUCUCUAUAGGUUUUUGUUUUGUCCUGUUUUGUUUACUAAACACUACUUGUGUAAUACAGCUGCAUGGGAGUGUAUAUGUAUGGAGAAAUGGAAAAUAAUAAGGGUGAAAAGAGCUGUUCUGCUGUGUUUUAUAACUUUCUGUAUCUAGAGAAGGCUAAUGUACUGCAUUUUUAUUAAAAAAAAAAAAAAAAA